UUUCUUAUUUAAACAAAAUUUUCAUUUUUUUUCAGGUUAUAGGAAAAGCAGAAGGUCGUGGCCAAGAAUGCACGGGCAUGUAACAGGUUUUUUUCUUCCUGAGUUAAUAAAUAAUUAUAAAUUUAUAGCUGUGACAGUUGCAUCAGAUUUUCAAACUAAUUACCCCCCCCCUCCACGUGCCCAAUAAAAUGAUAAAUCUUUUUUCUUCUUUAAACUUUCAGAAAAUAUGUCAAUUUAAAAUAUUUCUACUUAUUAAACUUACUUUUACUGAUAUUUUAUUCAAAAAAGAAAAUGAACGGCACAAUUAGACGAUCUGAUCCCUGUGGUGAUUAUGAACUCCUUCAACGUGUCGGCACUGGUUCCUAUGGAGAAGUCUACAAGGCUCGUGACUUGAAAACUGGCCUUUUUGCAGCUGUAAAAAUUGUAAAAUUGGAACACGGCGACAACUUUGCUUCUAUACAACAAGAAGUUUUGAUGCUUAGGGACUGUGUUCAUCCAAACAUUAUUGCGUAUAAUGGCAGCUAUUUGCGAAGGGACAGGUUAUGGAUAGUGAUGGAAUAUUGUGGUGGAGGAUCGUUACAGGACAUUUAUCAAAUGACCGGCCCUCUGACGGAACUCCAAAUUGCGUUUGUUUGUAGAGAAACACUUAAAGGACUAAAGUAUCUUCAUCAAUGGGGGAAAGUGCAUCGUGACGUUAAAGGAGCAAAUAUUUUACUUACACACACUGGAGACAUUAAAUUAGCCGAUUUUGGAAUUGCUGCCCAAAUUACUGCAACACUUGGAAAGUGUCUUUCUUUCAUUGGGACUCCUUACUGGAUGGCACCUGAUGUUGCCGACGUUGAAAACCGUGGAGGUUAUGGUUCUGAAGUCGAUGUUUGGGCUGUAGGAAUAACAGGAAUUGAACUAGCCGAGCUUAAACCGCCAUAUUUUGAAUUGCCUCCAAUUCAAGUUUUGCAUUUGAUGACUAAAUCGAAUUAUAAAGUGCCAAAAUUGAAGGACAAGAAAAAAUGGUUUGCAAGUUUAAAAUCAUUUUUUCCCCCAUUUUUUAAAAUUUUCAGGUCUCCUACGUUUGCCCAAUUUAUUAAAGCUUGUCUAACAAAAAAUCCAAAAAAGCGUCCAUCACCAGAUAAAUUACUUACGGUUUUUUAUUUUUAA